AUGAUCUGGUGGGUGGUCCCCAUCUCGGACCCGGAUCAGAAGCAGGUACAGGAGUGGGGAUGGGAUUCACGGAGGGGCUCGGCCACUCAGCCUCUACCCAAGGAGGGGGCUACAGGAGCCCAGAGGAUCAGGCGGUUUCCCCGUGCUUCUCCCACACACACAUCCUUCAGGCUCCUUCGAAGGGAGCUGGCCCUUCCCAGGUCCCCAGUUGCAACUGUGUUCUCCAUCGCCGUCUUCGGGCCCAUAGUCAACGAGGGCUAUGUGAACUCAGACAGCGGCCCAGAGCUGCGCUGCGUCUUCAAUGGAAACACGGGUGCCUGUCGCUUUGGUGUCGCGCUCGGCCUCGGGGCCUUUCUCGCCUGCGCCGCCUUCCUUCUGCUCGAUGUGCGCUUCCAGCAGAUCAGCAGCGUCCGCGACCGCCGUCGCGCGGUACUGCUGGACCUGGGCUUCUCAGGGCUCUGGUCUUUCUUGUGGUUCGUGGGCUUCUGCUUCCUCACCAAUCAAUGGCAGCGCACGGCACCCGGACCCGGCACCAAGCAAGCGGGAGACGCAGCGCGGGCCGCCAUCGCCUUCAGCUUCUUUUCUAUCUUCAGCUGGGUGGCGCUCACCGUGAAGGCCCUGCAGCGGUUUCGCCUGGGCACCGACAUGUCUCUCUUUGCCACCGAACAGCUGGGCACCGGGGCAGGCCAGGCCUACCCUGGCUACCCGGUGGGCAGCGGCGUGGAGGGCACCGAGACCUACCAGAGCCCGCCCUUCACCGAGACCCUGGACACCAGCCCCAAAGGGUACCAAGUGCCCGCCUACUAAUGGCCCACAGGCUCGGACCAGGGCUGGAAGGCUGCCCCACUAGUGCAGGACCAAGGCUUUCUGUGACCUCCCCCAGGUCUUCCUGGCCCAGUGCCAGGAAUGGAGGGGUGGCCACUAUGGGCCAUCUGGAGCCAAGAGAGGGUAGCCUCCAGAGUGCCUGGGCUGUACUCCCAAGUCCUCCCUAUACCUUUAGUCCAUAGCCCCAGGUCUGAGUUCUUGAGGAAGGAACAGCACAGACCUGGACAUGUGUCCUCCAGCCUCUAGUGGACCAGCCUGGGCAGGGGGCCAUUCCCCUCAUAAGGCAGCCAGCUCCAGGCUCACCUGUUCACUCCAGUCAGGGAUCCAGCUGCCCCUCCAUAGUCAGAUGUAGGGGCUGCUCCCAUCCCCAUGCUGUGGCCCAGGGAGUAUGGCCACUGUUCCCAUCCCAUGUUCCCAUGGGUAGUGGCAGUCCUUGUUCCUAUCAUGAUGGUUCACCCUGUAGGGGUAUGUGCUCUGUCUGGAGCCUCCUUCCAUUUCCUCUCACCUGCCGCUAGAGUAGCCUGGCCCUGUCAAUGUUGUGAUUGUGAUCAAGUCUUCAGUUUUCACCUGGUAGUUCCCCACAAGCAACCCUUCUGUCUUUGGCCCCUUUUCCAGCCCCUCCAUGCCUUGGCCCAGGUCCCUGCCCAGUUGUGGGCAGUUCUGGCUAGGAAGGCACAACCUGGCCAUAGGCCUGAGCACCAGCCCUUCAAUAAUACCAACAGAGGCUUAGGACACUUGUGUGCCUGGCAAGACAAGCCCCAUGCGAAGAGAAAGGCUCUAUCUGCCCACGGUGCCCGGGAGACAGCCAUUCCGUGUAAACCCCUUUACCUUGGCUUCCUAGACCAAUCCCUCAACUCCUCAUCCUGCACCCUGGUUUAAGAUCCAGUCCAACGUUAAGGUCCCUCUGCAUAGCUGACCACUCAUGCGUUUCUCCAAGCUGGCUUUUCAUAUUAUGUCAGUACCAAAUGCAGUUGCCACAUUUCAUUCUUACAGACAGACACCUCUCUCUGGAGUUGCAGUUGAGUGACAACCCUGAACAUUGUAGCAUAGGUCAAUUAUAUGUGGAUAUUUAAGUGAACAUGUUUACAAUUUUUGUAUAUAUGGAUCUUUUCCUUCUUCCUCUGAAAGAACAAUCCGUGAUUGUGUAAUUUCAGUGUCCCAUGUUCCAACUGCAACUUCUUUACAAUAAAGACUAUAAAUGAGUUUACUGUG